AUGGAUCUAGCUUCGCCGUCCAAAGCAUCCUCCAAACAGGCAUGUGACAAUUGUCGCCGACGCAAGAUUAAAUGCUCGCGCGAGCUACCCUGCGAUAAAUGCCAGCGCCUGCUUCUAUCUUGCUCCUAUAGCGACGUCCUAUGUCGCAAGGGACCGAAGUUUCGGACACUCUAUCCUCUGGCCCCCAUACAUCCGCUAUCGGCCCGCAACGAGGCGACGCAAGAGCAACUCUAUGCCGACAAAGACGGGUUUGCCGAUCCAUCGCCUUAUAGACUGAGUUCGCCAACAUCACCAGCCUUCGCGGUGAACGAUGCGCAGUAUGUGCCGCAUGAUUUCUCAGAUACACUCUCCCAACUGCCGCCGCCAGAGCUAGUAUCGUCGCCAGACUCGACGGACUCGACGAUCGAAUCGAUCCGUGGCCAAAGCUGGGCUCUUCCGCAUGCACGCCGCCUCUCGCCGCAAAUUCUCCUGGCACAUGUCAACGUCUACUUGAAAUACUUGUUCCCGAUCAUGCCCGUCGUGCGUGGAGACCAGCUACGUCUGGAUAGUCAGCAACCAGAACGGCUCCCUCCGCAGAGAUACGCCUUUUUGGCUUCACUAUGUGCGGCUACACACAUUCAGCUGAAGUUAGAUGGAGAUACCCCAGUCCCGGAUCCGGCUCGUCUACAGAGCUUAGGCGAUGGCCACUCCCUAGUGUCGGGAGAGAAGCUUUUGUCUGAGGCGGUGCGGGCACAGCGGGAAUGCGACAUCGUGGAAGAUAUUAGCAUCGAGGCCCUUCUAACCUCGUUCUUCUUGUUCGCCUCAUAUGGGAACCUUGACAAGCAAAGCCAUGCCUGGUUUUAUCUGUGCCAAGCCACCUCCAUGGCAUUCACUUUGGGCCUGCAUCGAGAAUCCACGUAUGUGGAGUUCAAUGUGGAGGAAGCGGAAGAGAGGCGGCGAGUUUUCUGGUUGCUCUUUAUCACAGAAAGAGGGUAUGCUCUCCAGCAAGCUAAGCCAGUCAUGCUCCGAAGUUCCAUCCACAAGCCACAGGUCCUCUGCUCUGAGGACCCCAUCUUAGCAUACGGCUUCAUCAACUUGAUCGGGAUUUUUGAAAAGCUCACGGCGAGCCUCUAUGAUUGGGUCUCUGCUGGUGGCGGCGACGGACUCUUGGACAGGCCGCCCACAUCUGCCAUACAGUCUAGCCUAUGCAAACCGAUCACACUCGAUGGGGUCCUGGAGAUCCAGCAAGUCGACAUCCUCAUCACACAGCAGUGGCUGCAGGCGAUGAUGUGGAAAUUAUCUAUGAGCCAUGCGACACAACCCGGUGCCCGGGACGAAGGGGUACUGCCAUUCCACCUGCCAGUAUUAGUAGGCAAGGCUGUGAUGGGUGUGAUCGGAUCAGCAUCACAAGGUGCGGUGGAUGCUCAUGGCAUUGGAAUGGAGCAAAAACUCUUCGACAUGGGCUCGUCGGUCGCCGAUGUCACUCGGUCCCUUGGCUCGAAAUCUGUCCAUCGGCUUGCAGAAUGGACAAUUGAUCCUCGGGAGCUCCUCUGGGGUAUACUGCACACCUUGUCGCAGAUCCGAGGCUCGCCAUCGUACCUCUUCCCUGCCCUCUUGGAACGCUGCAAGGCUGUACUGGGCCUGGAUUGCACCAUCACUAUCGGCAAUUUCCUGCCGGCACUUAGUACCACUGUGCCUGGUCAAUGGGCUGGUGAGCAGAACUGGGAUUUGUUAGCUGCCUGCCGGGAUCCGCAUGAGAGCCGCGUGGAAGGAGACCACCAGGCUGAGCAAGUCCCUCCUCACCUCUCGGCCGUUUCGCAGGGAGCUGAGCUGGGAUUUGAAGACUGUCUCUUACCUUGA